AUGAGUGCGCUCCUCCGUGCUCUUAACUUCUUAUCCAGCUCGAACCAGAUCAACGAGAUUAUUGGCAACGGAAGCACGGUGUUCACAUUGCCGUUCCGCGACUCAAUUGACACUGGAACCAAUUCCCUAACAUCCGAAGUUAUAUCCAUCUCGGCGGGAUGCAUCCGUCACAGAUUCUUCGAAGCGACGAGCUUCCUAUUGGCAAAUACAAUCAGUUGUAUUCAACCCCAGAAGCGCAUUAUCACGUACAGUCUCAGCGCGAAUCGCCAGAACAUAUUUGCCGGCGCGGUGCACGAUGCCAUUUUCAACACAUGGCGUCGGUUCAGCAAGCAAGUCUUGUACUUUGCCCCGCCGUUCCUGGUGGCCUACUACGCCAUGGACUGGGCUAACAAGCGGUAUGUUACCUCCCAGAAGAACCCACAUCGGACGCAAUGA